UUGGUUGAAUUCAUUACAGGGUUGGGUUGCCUCUUCUCUGGACAUUAUCAGCGCAGCAGACAAACUUUACCAGCUGCCUAGGAGCAAGAGGGCCCCAAUGUAUGAGAGAAGUUUGAGUAAAAUAUAGUGUGUAAUCUUUUUUGACCAUUAUCAUUACUUUACUCGUGGAGGAAGAUAUAGGGCACAUUUGAGACCAUAAUAAGUGAGAAGUCCAUACAGGGCGUCAAAGGUUUGCCCCCUGCGUGCGACACAGGAAUAAUGGACAUUGCAACCUCUGCAGAUGCAGCCACUGCCAAACCUGAACCCACUGCUAUGGAGGAGUCAGAUCCGCAAGAGGCGCAAGAGCCCCGCACAUCGGAGAAGAUUGACUUGUCACUAGAUGACAUCAUCAAACUGAACAAAAAAGAGAACAAGGCCAACAAGGCUCGGGACCGACGCACCACAAGCAAAAACACUGUCCUCAAGAAACUGGACAGGGCAGGACAACAGCAGACAUUUCCUUUCAGACGUGGCCCUUAUCAAUUCCAGCAAGGACCCUACAAAUCGCGUUACAUGGGACCCCCCAUUCCUGGCUAUUACAGAGUAAAGCCAUAUCUCAGAAAGACUCCUUUUGGAGUACAUCACCUCAAAGGUGUGAGCCCUUUAAAAAGACCUCCUUUGAACACAAAGGAAGGAACACAGUUCGGAAAACGUAAACCGUUGUUCAAGGGUGCGUUUUAUCAACCAUACAGAGGUCCCCCGGGGGCUUUGAGAAGGCCUCCUCCCCAAUUCAGAGGGCAGAAGAAGCCACCAUUCCAGCCCAAACAGAGACAGGGCGGUGUGAAGCCAUUCAUCCUAAACAGAGGGUUUCCUGCAGCAAAUGGAAAAAUGGAUAAGUACCAAAAGGUUAGAAGCUGGAAAAAGGCGCCCUCCGGUGUUUCUACCUUGACGGUGUCACUGCCCAACUCCAAAGCCAACUCAGAGCCCACGGCCAAGGCUAAGCAGGCCGCAGUGCUGGACCGAUCCAGUCCAUCAGGGGUGUCCCCCCAGCCCAAAGGCAUCCCUCUCAGAUUUAACUUCAAGGCCACUAUAAAUCAGACGGGAGUGACCCUCAAUGACCGCUUCACUGGCAUGAGGAUCUGGGCAGGCCUAGGACAAGGUCCACAGAGGGGCAGUGGCAGGGGAAGAGGCAGAGGCCGAGAAGGCCGGACUGUCAUCCUACAGUGAUCAUUGUUGAGGACCUGUGCUGUCUGUAGCCUAUAUAAAAAAACGUCUCAUUAAUCCCUCUGUUAACCCAAUAUGCUCACAUUUUGAAGACACUUUAUAUUGAUGUUUAUUUUAGUAUGUAUGGCACGCAUUUAGUUACGUCUUGUUUACAAAAUGUUUGGACCUCGGGGAAAAAGUCUAGACAUUCAAUGAAUUAAAUGACAAGUGAUAAAGA